AUGGAGUCUGUAUGGUCCUUUAUAUCGCCAUGCAUUCCUUAUCUUGUUUCAUUUCUUGCUCUUAUUCUUCUUCUCGAACAGAUUUCUUACCUCAAGAAAAAGCGGUUUCUCCCAGGGCCAAAACUGGUUUUUCCAUUCAUAGGCAACGCCAUUUCCUUAGUAAAAAAUCCGACCAAAUUCUGGGACAUGCAAUCCUCGUAUGCUAAGUCCACUCCCAUUGGCAUCUCUGCAAACUACAUCAUCGGCCGCUACAUUCUCUACAUAUACUCCGCCGAUCUUUCCCACAAAAUCUUCGCGAAUGUCCGGCCUGACGCCUUUCAUCUCGUCGGCCAUCCCUUUGGGAAAAAACUCUUCGGCGAGCAUAAUUUAAUCUAUAUGUUCGGACAAGAACACAAGGAUUUACGUCGUCGUAUAGCGCCCAAUUUCACGCCAAGAGCCCUUCAAACGUAUACGAAUAUCCAGCAGCGGAUUAUCCUCAAUCACCUUAAAUCCUGGUGCCAGAAAACUGGAAAUGAAUCAUCUGGGUCUAUUCCACUUCGUAUCCUCUGCCGGGACAUGAAUUUGGAGACCUCCCAAACAGUUUUUGUCGGGCCUUACUUGAGCUCGGUGGCGCGUGAGCGGUUCAACAUAGACUACAAUUAUUUCAAUGUCGGGUUGAUGAAGCUACCGAUUGAUUUACCGGGUUUUGCGUUUAGAAAUGCGAGGCUUGCUGUAGAGAGAUUGGUGGAGACACUUGCAGGUUGUGUUGAAGAAAGUGAGAAGAAAAUGAAGAAUGGUGAAGAACCCAGUUGUAUGAUUGAUUUUUGGAUGCAGGAACAUUUAAGGGAAAUGACCCAAACAAGCAAUAACGCAUUUGAAUUGACAUAUAAAGAAAUUGGAGGCCAUAUAUUUGAUUUCUUGUUUGCGUCACAAGAUGCAUCAACUGCAUCUUUACUGUGGGCGGUGGCUUUCUUGGAUUCACACCCUGAAGUUUUAGAGAGAGUGAGGGAAGAGGUGGCGCAAUACUGGGUACCAGAAUCCGACACCGUGAUAGCGGCAGAGCAGCUUAGGGAGAUGAAGUACACAGAGGCGGUGGCGCGUGAGGUGCUGAGAAUCCGAGCUCCGGCGACUAUGGUACCACACAUUGCUGGAGUGGAUUUCCCACUGACGGAGAAUUAUGUUAUUCCCAAGGGGACUAUUGUUUUUCCUUCGGUUUUUGACUCUUCUUUCCAAGGGUUCACUGAACCGGAGCGGUUCGAUCCGGAUAGGUUCAUGGAGGAGAGGCACGAGGACCGGGUGUAUAAAAAGAACUUUCUAGCAUUUGGAGCUGGUUCCCACCAAUGUGUGGGCCAGAGGUACGCCAUCAACCAUUCGAUGUUGUUUAUUGCAAUGUUUGCCACUUUGAUUGAUUUCAAAAGGGAUAGAACUGACGGCUGUGAUGAAAUUGCUUAUGUCCCUACGAUUGUUCCUAAGGACGAUUGCAGAAUUUUCCUUUCACAGAGGUGUAGCCGAUUUCCAUCUUUUUGA